GAGUUUUAUUAAACACUAAUUGUUAUUUCGUCACAUUGUAGUAUGUAGCAGUUGUCCAAGUACAUCAAUGAAACUGUGGAUGAUUUCAUACUUGUGGAGAGUAUUGUAGCUAGAACAUUGCCAAUAUGGACCCAACAAUACCUUCGAUAUUUCAUGGAUUCACUCAAAAUUCAAACUCAAAAGAUGAGUCAAAUAUCAUGAUUUUAGCAAAGGAGAUUCAGGUUUUAAUCCUCAGCAAACUUGAUGGAUUAUCUUUAGCCAGGGCACAGAAAGUAUGUAGACUUUGGUAUGAUAUUGUGGAUGAUUUUGAAAAGUACUUUCAUGUCUGGCUACGAUGUUGCUUAACGGAAAUUUCUACCUGUGAUAUUGUAGAAAUAUCAGGACUUCUGGAAAUCGAUGAAAGUGAUGAUUUAAUAUUGACAGCUAACAACUUGAAAAAGUUGCCGACAAUAUUUUGGAAGGAAGUGUAUGCUGAAUAUCAUAGAAAUGAAUUUAUUAAAAAUAAGACAAAAAAGGUGCUGCAGAUCGAAUACCCUAAAUGCUAUGGAAUGGUCACAGCACUGAAGUUGAAAGAUAAUGUCUUGUUUAGUGGACAUGAAGAUGGUAGGGUAAUAUCCUGGGAAAACAUUGAUGUAGGCAUUAAGGAUACAACAUUACACCAGCAUCAGAGGAUGGUUACAGAUCUGGCUGUCACUCGUGCAGGUCUGACAGUAAAUCACCUGCUUUUAGGCAUCAACAACAUCUUUGUCAUCUCAACUUCCAAAGAUUCAUCACUUAUUCUGAAUGAUAUGACCAUGGGACAAUCCACACAGAUCUCCUACUUCAGCAAACAGGUCAACUCAGUCAGUUGUAGUGGCCUAACUUUUGUUGCGGCAGCCAAUUGUAGCUUCCUUCAGGGACAUCCUGUGUGGGACAUUGACUACCAUAGGAAACUACAGGCAAAUCUUCGCUGUCGUCGAGAUCUAGCAGGCCAGGAGUCAACCAACAUUCUCUCUGUUGCUCUCCAUCAUAACAAGGUGCUGGCAAGUGAUGAUAUUGGUAACUUAUUUUUGUACAAAGGGACGGAUCAGGUCAAAAACACCAAACAGGACCGACCCGUCACACUGGGUGUAUUCGGAGCAGCUGUUAAAACAAUUCUGUUCCGAGAUGAUAAAGCAGUAUGCCUGACUGAUGAUGGCAUGCUUUGUGUUUCUCUGGAUCUUAAAGAAUUUAAGCAACACUGUGUAUAUGAAGCACUUAAUGCGGUUCCUGAGUGUAUUGCAUGGAGAGUCAACAUUUUUGUAAUCGGGGCCAAGACUGGUAAGGUUUUCUUGUAUCUUGUGAAGGAAGACGCAGAUUUAUUCAACAUUGACCUAUCCGAACCUGUUGGGGUUUAUGAUACCGAUUCAGAACAUGUUAACUCUGUUGCUAUUGGAGAUGAUGGCAAUGGACCAGUGUUGGCCAUCUCUACAGAACAUUCCUGGAUCACUCUAGUGAGAUGGACACGAUGAUCUAAUUGUUCUGGUGAGGUGGAAGAUUAAAGUAACAAAAUGAUUGUCUAGACAGCAUUAACUAAAAAUUCUGAGAAUGGACAGUGAAGUUAUCAUUCCAGUUGAAUGAAGAAACUUAAAGAGGGGUGAGACCUUCAUGUGAGGUAGACACUUGUGUUACCAUUCCAGUCAGAUGGAUGAUUUUUUAAAUUCUGAAGAGAUGGAUUGACAUCUUUGUAACCAUUCUAUUCAGAUUGACCAAUUUGAAGAUUUUGGUGAGGUAGACACUUGUGUUACCAUUGCGGUGAG